UUGUUUUUGGGUGAUAUAACCCUUUGAUAUUUCUUUCGAUUGGUGUGCUAGGGAACACCAAGUUUUCAUUUCUUUUUGAGCAGGUAAGUGUCCUUGGCCUGUAUUGGUGGCUGUUUGUUUUAAUGGUCUGUAUGUUAUUUGUGACUAUCAUUUGUGUUCUCUUGUAGGUGCUUGUUUUUGGGUGAUAUAACCCUUUGAUAUUUCUUUCGAUUGGUGUGCUAGGGAACACCAAGUUUUCAUUUCUUUUUGAGCAGGUAAGUGUCCUUGGCCUGUAUUGGUGGCUGUUUGUUUUAAUGGUCUGUAUGUUAUUUGUGACUAUCAUUUGUGUUCUCUUGUAGGUGCUUGUUUUUGGGUGAUAUAACCCUUUGAUAUUUCUUUCGAUUGGUGUGCUAGGGAACACCAAGUUUUCAUUUCUUUUUGAGCAGGUGCUUGUUUUUGGGUGAUAUAACCCUUUGAUAUUUCUUUCGAUUGGUGUGCUAGGGAACACCAAGUUUUCAUUUCUUUUUGUGCAGAAAAAAUGUACGCUCCUGCAUGUGUGAUGUCAAUAUAUAUUGCAGCAGAAGCCCUACCUCCCCAACCCACGCCAGCACUCCCACCCCAACCGCAAGCCCCACAACCACAGCCGGCUCCUCAUCAACCAAGGCAACGGAGGCGUGCUAGGCCACCAAUUUUCAGAACCCGUGUCCUACUUUUUGGGAUGCCAGAUGAUGUGGUGGUGCGUAGAUACCGGCUGCCACCACAUCUAAUCCUAGACACUCUCUCCAUAAUAGAGAGUGAUCUGGAGUCUGAAAUUCGGUAUCCUACAGCAAUACCACCAUUGACACAAUUCCUUGCAGUGUUACAUUUUUUGGCUACAGCCUCAUAUCAGCAUGUUGUGGGAGACCUGGUUGGCAUGUCGCAGGGCCAGUUCAGUAAGGUCCUGCGGCGUGUCUGCCAGGCUUUCCUAAAGCGGGUGAAGCAGUUCAUUGAUAUGCCUUUGGAUGUUGGUGCCCUAGAUGUGGUGAAGCGGCAAUUUGCGGAAGGUGGUAGUCGCUUCCCACAUGUUAUUGGGGUUGUGGAUGGCACACAUGUUGCUAUUCAGCCACCAAGACAUAAUGAAGAAAUUUUUAGAAACAGGAAACUGUUUCAUUCUCUGAAUGUAAUGGUUGUUUGUGGGCCAUCCCUCCAGAUCCUUUCCCUGAAUGCAAAGUUUACUGGAAGUUCCCAUGAUGCAUAUGUCAUUAGACAAUCAGGGAUAUGGCAGAGAUUAAGAUCAAGUCAACGAGCAGACAUGUGGUUAUUGGGAGACCGUGGAUAUCCUUGCACCCCCUGGCUCAUGACUCCUUACCGUAAUCCCAGGCCAGGACCACAGAUGGCAUUUAACUCCGCGCUUACUGCCACUAGGCAGCUGGUGGAGCGCACAAUUGGUGUCCUUAAAGGGCGGUUUCGUGUGCUCCACCGCACUGGUGGCGACAUCAUGUAUUCGCCGGAGAUGGCAAGUAAAAUAGUGGUCCUGUGCGCAAUACUACAUAAUAUCGCGGUAAGGAGUAGUGUAGAGCUUCCUCAGGCAGAGGAAUUGCCUGAUGAGGAGCCAGGGGUUGGUCAACGCUUCGGUGGGGGGAGUGUGACACGGAGGGGGAGCCAAGUGAGGGCAAGAAUUGUUGCAGAAUAUUUCAGCUGAAUGAUCACACGAACUGUGGACAACAACAACGGCAAAACUCACCACCCCCUUCCCCUUCCCACUCCCCCUCACCUUCACACUCCCCCUCCCCUUCUCACUCCCCCUCCCCUUCUCACUCCCCCUCCCCUUCACAGUCCCCCUCAGCUUCCCAGUCCCCCUCAGCUUCCCAGUCCCCCUCAGCUUCCCAGUCCACCUCAUCUUCCCAGUCCACCUCAGCUUCCCAGGCCCCAUCAGCUUCCCUGGCCCACUCCACUUUCCAUUCCCCUUCUCACCACACCUCUCCAUCUCUUUCUGGGACCCCUUCUCCUCCUUCCCAUACCCCUUCUCCUUCUAAUUCUACAUCCCAAUCUGAACCCCCCACACCCUCUAUUGCCUUAACUUUCUCUCCGCCCCCCUCGCCCUCUCAAUCAGACCCCCCCUCUGAAAUUGGCAACCAAAUCCAGCCUCCUUCCCCCAUCCAGCCUCCUGCCCCAAUCCCUCCUCCUUCCCCAAUCCCUCCUCCUUCCCCAAUCCCUCCUCCUUCCCCAAUCCCUCCUCCUUCCCCCAUCCAGCCACCUUCCCCCAUCCAGCCAACAUCCCCACCCAGUGAAUGGGCAGAGGAAGCCCCUGCAGACCGGUCCGGGAGUCUUGAGGUUGCCGUGGAAAAUGUUGCAGUUGGAGAUCCAACAAGUUUAUCCGGGAUUCUUUACACCAUGCGCCUACACCUGCAAGGAAUCAUGAAUUGUGUUGACCAAUUGCAAAAAUUUGCUUGAUUU